GUCUAUGUGACGCUCAUAGAAACUGUAAAUUCGUUACACAGGAUCUCCCAAAUCGAAAAAUCAUAAAUGAGGGUGAGGAUUAUUUUGGACCCAAAACAAAAAUAUUAAAUAAACACGUAAACUAAUUAAGUAGACAUUUUAAACAUUAUCAAAUGAGAUUAUUUACACAAUUUUUUUUUCUUACAGUGAAACAUCAUUAUUAAGGAAAUAUCUGAGACAACAGCAGCUGUGGCAACACCGGGGAAGACAACAGUAGCUGUGACAACACAAGGGAACAGCAGCAGCAUCAGAGGAAACAGCAGAACCACCACCAACAUACCUAAACUGUAUUAAUACAUCGUAAACAGAUAUGAGUGAACAGGACUACAAUGACCACAGGAAACAACACAAGAAGAAACAUGGGAAUAACAGGGUCAAGGAGAGGCAGAAGAUUUUGGUGAUGACUUGUGCUGUGAUGUGGCUGUUUAUUGUGAUGGCUGAUACUGUGCCUCAUGUCCUCACAUUUCCUCUGCUGGCUCUUACUGACCCAGCGGUAGAAGAGUCAGUUCAUAUUGCCCCUUGGCUUGCUGACGCGGUGCUUGUUGACGCGGUGCCUACUGACCAGUUGCUGGCUAAAUCGAUGUCUUCUGACCAGGUCCCUGCUGAUUCAGAACAUGCAGGCACCACACCUGUCUAUCCUACAUCUGCUGGUCCUCUUCUUCAUGUGGCACCAGUUGACAUGCCAGAAAUUGAUUCCAAACCUACUGACUCUGCACCUGAUGACCUUGCACUUGUUGUGCCAGUAUCUGCUGACCAUAUACCCACAAUCACAUCAUCCGCUUACAUCGGAACUGAAGAUCUUGCUAUGUGCGCAGAUAAUAAAUUCAGCUGCUUGGAUGGUUCUCGCUGCCUACCCAUGACGUGGCGAUGUGAUGGCGACCGUGACUGCCACGAUGACUCCGACGAACUUUCUUGCGAUCCUAUUGUAUGUGAAAAGGACAAAUUCAGAUGCUCUGAUGGUUCCCGUUGCAUAUCUCUGCUGAUGCGAUGUGACUUUUACCCUCACUGCAUCGAUGGCUCCGACGAGGUUACUUGUGAUCCUGCUAUGUGUGCAGACAAAUUCUGGUGCUUGGAUGGGUCUUACUGCGUGCCUGAAGAUUGGAAAUGUGAUGACUUCCCUGACUGCAAAGAUGGUUCCGACGAAAUUUCUUGUGGUCAGUCGCUAGCGUUAUUGCCCGCCGUCAGUCGAUAG